AUGAAUAAUGGAUGUGGCGAAAAGACGGCGACAUUAAGGCCCCCUGGCCUGAAUUCUCGAGGCGAUCCACCGUUGCUGAAAAUCCUAACCUAUUUCUACGUUUUCCCGUCGCAAUUCGCAGGAUUUAUCGCCGGGAGAAAAUGCACCUGUACGAGCAAAUCCUGCAAAGAAGCCGGGGUGAACACCUGCAGGACGAAAUCCUUCUGCUACACGGAGCUGAUCCUAACCUCCGACGGCAACCCGGGGGAGAACACCACGACGAGGGGCUGCACAGAAGGUGCACCACCCUUGCUGUGCGAGACCAAGAUCUGGCCCAGGUCGAAGCCAGGAGACCUCCAGAAUUUCCCCCUGCUUGUGCUCAAGUGCUGUGACACCCACGACUACUGCAACGCCGGUGACCUGACCUCGACAAAAAUGGCCAAAGACCCUGAAGAGGAUCGCCAAAUGGACCCAUCGACCCCUCAAAGUCUGGGUCCUCUAAGGGGACCCCCUGGCCCUGACCUAGGACACCCCACAACCGCAGGUCGAGGUCACGUGGAUCGAGGUCCACCUAGAGAGACAUACGAGUCGAAAAGCUACGCCGCGAGCCUGAUGCGACCUCUGCACGUCGCCGCCGUGGUUUUAGCCUUGGCAGCCCUGAUAUCCGUCCUCGCCGCCUGCUACGUAAUCACAAGAUUCCUCAGGAGUUAUCCAUACGUGGGCAGCUCCGUGGAGUAA